GCUACAUUGGAUCAUUCUCCAAAUUUCAUUGAUUUUUGGUGUGGCGUUGGAUUUUGGAGGCUUUCAAAUUAGAGAACAGUGCGAAUCACAGGGCAAUUCAAGGAUACGCAGCAGCCGUUGCCACUUCCCACAGAUCAUCAGCGCAAUUGUGCAGAGACCUUCAUUGGGCUCUGGUUGCGAAAUAGAGCCAAAUGGCGUCCAUGGAAAUUGACAGCGCUAAUUCCAAUGCUUCUGACCCUGAUAAUCCUAGAUUUUCCAUUAACGUAUUGCAGCUCUUGAAAUCUGCCCAGAUGCAGCAUGGGUUACGGCAUGGAGAUUAUACUCGCUAUCGGAGAUAUUGCACAGCUCGGCUAAGGAGGCUAUAUAAAUCUCUGAAGUUCACUCAUGGCCGUGGAAAGUACACCAAACGAGCCAUAACUCAAUCAACUGUUACUGAAGUCAGGUUUCUCCAUGUGGUUCUUUAUACGGCGGAGAGAGCAUGGAGUCAUGCCAUGGAAAAAAGGCAAUUACCAGAUGGUCCAAAUGCACGUCAGCGUAUCUAUUUGAUUGGUAGGCUCAGAAAGGCAGUAAAAUGGGCGACUCUCUUCGCACAAUUGUGUGCAAGCAAGGGAGACUCGAGAACAUCUUUGGAAGCAGAGGCUUAUGCAUCUUAUAUGACUGGGAACUUGUUGUUUGAACAAGAUCGGAAUUGGGACAUAGCAUUAUUGAACUUCAAAAGAUCUAGAGCUGUUUAUGAGGAACUUGGGAAAGUAGGAGAUCUAGAGAAUCAAGUUUUGUGCCGUGAACGUGUGGAGGAGCUAGAACCUAGUAUAAGAUAUUGCUUGCACAAGAUUGGCAAGUCAAAUAUCCAGGCCUCUGAACUUCUACAUAUUGGGGAGAUGGAAGGCCCUGCUCUCGACCUUUUCAAAGCUAAACUAGAGGCUGUCAUGUCGGAGGCCAGAUCUCAGCAGGCUGUUUCCAUGACCGAGUUUCAUUGGCUUGGUCAUAGGUUUCCAAUAUCCAAUGCUAAAACUAGAGUUUCCAUAUUGAAAGCUCGGGAAUUAGAAAAGGAUUUGCAAGAUUCAGCAGAUUCACUUCCAGCAGAAAAAAGAUUGACCAUUUUUGAUAAGAUCUUUACAGCAUACCAUGAGGCAAGGAGCUCUAUUCGCAGUGAUCUGGUCAGCGCUGGAAAUGCUGAAAAUGUCAAAGAUGAUUUAAGUGGGCUUGAUAAAGCUGUUAGUGCAGUGUUGGGUCAAAGGACAAUUGAACGCAACCAGUUAUUGGUGAAAAUCGCAAAAAGUAAGCUUGUUAGGCGCCACGAUGAAAAAAAUGAGAAAGUUACCAAGCCGGAGGAACUUGUUCGCUUGUAUGAUCUUUUAUUACAAAAUAUUGCUGACCUUUCUGAUUUAGUCAGUUCGGGAAGAGAUAGGAAGCCAGAAGAAGUGACAUUUGCUGAAGAGUGUUCACUUAAAAGUAUAGCUUUUCGUGGAGAAAGGUGCUUUUACUUGGCAAAAUCAUACAGUCUGGCUGGAAAAAGAGCUGAAGCUCAUGUACUUUACUGCCAUGCUCGCUCCCUUGUCGAAGAUGCCAUACAAAAAUUCCGUUCGGAAAAUAUCAGUGACCCGAAGAUUAUCGAAGAGUUGAAGACAUUGAUUGACGAAUGCAGAGCUAACAGUUGUAUAGAGCAUGCAACUGGAAUUAUUGAGGAGAUUAAGGCUCCGGAGAAUCUAUCGAACAAGAUCUCGAACAUGUCAUUAACUGGAGCAGAGAAGAAGCCGGUCAAAUACCUCCUUCAGAGCCUCGACAACUAUGAGUCUGCGAUCGCCAAUUCGAAUACCAAGAGUGCUCCACGCAUUGAAGCCUUUCCUCCCGCCUUUCAGGCGAUCCCCCGGAAUCCCAUUGUUCUGGACCUUGCUUUUAACUUCAUUGACUUCCCAUCUCUUGAGAAUAGAAUGAAAAAGGACAGAAAGGGCUUUAUCAGUAGGCUAUGGGGAUGAGUUUCUUUGGCAAGUUUUGGUUUUCUUUGCUGCCUGAGUUUUUGUUUUGCUGGUGGAUACAUGAAUAUAGAGACAGAACUUGGUACUGAUCCUUUAACAACUUCCCAGCCCCCCUUGUGAAUUUUGGGUCACGGUUGAAAACUAAUGACUGUUUGUUUCUUGGUUUCUCUCGGAUGUGUAGCAAAGAUAUAGGACCAAUUUUCAGGAUUUUUGUUAGAGCCUGCUUGUGACUGUUGCAGAUUACACAUUGUUUAGUAUCUGAUUUUUGCUAAUAAUUUUGAGUUCAUUGUGGAUAUUUUAGGCGUUGAUUCGAAUAUUCUGUCAAGAUACAGUUAUUUACCACACCUAUGAGGAUAUGAUUAAAUUGA